AUGACACUCCCAACAAUUCUCCUCCUAGGAACAUGCGACACCAAACUCCCCGAGCUCCUCUACACGCAAUCCCGCCUCUCAGCAUGCAAGACUCUCAUAAUAGACAUAGGCCGCAACGCGUCCACCGACCCCUCAAUUUCAAUCACCCACGCCGACAUCCUCGCCCACGCCUCUAACAAAGAAUCCAUCUCCCACCUCGACCGCUCCGACUACAUAACCGCGCUAAUACCCCACGCCACGGCAACCGUCCAAACCCUCUUCCAGGAAAAGCGCAUCCACGGUGUUAUGGGUAUAGGAGGGUCUUGCGGCACUGCACUAGCUACAGCACUUAUGCGCGAUGCGUUACCGGUGGGAUUCCCGAAAUUAAUGGUCUCGACCAUGGCGUCUGGGGAUGUGGGGCCUUAUGUUGGGGAGACGGAUAUUUGCAUGAUGUAUAGUGUUGUUGAUAUCGCGGGGCGGAAUCGGGUGCUUGAGACUGUCCUUGGGAAUGCGGCCGGUGCGAUCUCGGGGAUGGCGUCUUUCUACUUGUCAAAAAUGGACGAGGAUGAGUCUGCCGCAGAGGGGCCGCGGAUUGGGAUUUCGAUGUUUGGUGUUACCACGCCUGCGGUUACGCGGGCGAGGGAGUAUCUUGAGGAAGUGAUGCCUGGUUGUGAGGUUUAUGUGUUCCAUGCUACUGGGUCUGGGGGGAGGGCUUUGGAGAGGUUGGUGCAGGAGGGAGUGUUGGAUGCUGUGCUUGAUUUGACGACGACGGAGAUUUGUGACGAGGUUGUUGGGGGGGUGUUGAGUGCUGGGGAGAGCAGGUUGUGUGCUGCGACGAAGAGGGAUUUGCCGAGGGUUGUUAGUGUUGGGGCUUGUGAUAUGGUCAAUUUCGGGACGCCUGAGAGUGUUCCUGGGGAGUUUUUGAAGGGGGAGAAUGGGAGGGUGUUUCAUCAUCACAACCCUACCGUUACGCUUAUGCGGACUACACGCGAGGAGUGUGCGAAGAUUGGGAAGGUUAUUGCGAAGAAUGUACGGGGUGAUGGCGUGAAAUGGACGAGGAUUUUGCUUCCUACUGGUGGAGUGAGCAUGCUUGAUGUGCCUGGACACGCAUUCUGGGAUCCUGAGGCGGAUGAGGUCCUCUUUGCUACGCUGGAAGAUGAACUGCGUGACAUUGGGAUUCCAGUCAUCCGCGAAGAACGUCAGAUCAAUGAUCCCGACUUUGCGGUCACUGCGGCUGAGAUGUUGCGCCAGUUAAUUGAGGAACAUCGAGCCAAGUGA